AUGCGGUGCGUGUAUGAGCUGGCCACCCACGGCUUCCAUGAAUAUGUCCGAGAUAUUCUGGCGACCAAGCCGGGACGGACGAUUGAGUUCCACAUCCUGGACAAGCGCAUGAUAGUAACGGACAAUCCGGAAAACAUCAAGGAGAUGAUGUCUGUGCAGUUUGAUACCUUUGGAAAGGGCGACCUCACUCAUCACAUUUUCAGAAAUUGCUUUCGAGGGUCAAUCUUCGGAUCAGAGGGCGCAGAGUGGGCAGCACACAGAGCCCAGUUAAAGCCGCAUGUUGGCACAAUGAGGCCUUCCGAUCCCGAGAAGCUUGAAAAGCAUUUUCUUCAAAUGCUGAAGAAGAAUAUUCCCGACGACGGAUCUCCCGUCGAGGUGUACGAUAUGCUCGACAUGAUGCUACUGGAGACGGUGAUCGACAUCUUCGUUGACCCAUCAAAGGAUCCGGAAUACAAGCACAUCGACCCGAGACCAUUUGUCAAUGGGGUCAAUGCUCUCCUCAAGAUCAACACGUUCAGAGUACUCCUUGGGAACGUCAGCCGUCUGGUCUCAGACACCCUCGUCGCCCGAGCCUCCACUCAGGCCCUGCACGAAUACCUUGGUUCUCACGUCCGAUGGAUUCGUAAACUCCAGAGCUCCAACUACGGCGAAAAACCGAAGAAGGAGUGGACGCUGAUGGAGACAUUUGCAAGCGAGCCACUUCCGGACAGUGACCCCGUGGGUAUGAUAGUGGUCUGGGUCAUUUAUGAGCUCGGUCGUAGACCCGAGAUUGUGGACAAAUUGCGCGAGGAAAUCAUUGCCACGAUUGGAGACGAUAUCAACACGCUGCCUACUGAUGCCCAGUUGCGGAGCAUGAAAUACCUCCAGAACAUCAUCAAGGAGGCAAUGCGCAUGUAUCAUCCUUUCGUCAACAUCAUGGGUCUACAUCGUCGUGCAGACAUUGUGGGAGCGGAUACUGACGUCUUCCGUCCGGAACGGUGGGACACCUUCAAGCCCGGUCCGUGGGAAUAUAUGCCGUUCCAUCGCGGUCCGCGCAACUGCCUGGGAAUGGCAUUCGGGCAGUAUGCCAUGGCAUAUUUGAUUGUACGGCUCUACCAGCUCUACGAUAUCCUCCCGGCGGAUAAUAUCGUUCAGCGUAUCAAGGUCGAGAUGAACACCAAAGUCUCUCACCCGGUAAAUAUGCGGUUUUAUCCUCGCCAAUCCGUCAGCAGUCCGCGGUUGCAGAAAGACGAAGUUCUUCUUUGA